UGACCGCCCUUAGGUGCUUGUUUUCCUUGGCUUGCAUCUGCUCUUGUGGCUGGGCGUCCACUGGCGCGGUUCGGUUCCCUUCGCUGGUCAACAUGGUUGAGAGGUUCGUGGGAAAAUGGAAGAUGAUCUCCAGCGAUAAUUUCGACGAGUACAUGAAGGCUCUAGGUGUGGGGUUCGCUACUCGGCAGAUGGGCAACAUGGCGAAGCCGAACCUGCUGAUUAGCGUGGACGAGCAGGGCUUCAUCACCAUGAAGUCGCAGAGCACCUUCAAGUCCACCGAGAUCAAGUUCAAACUCAACGAGGAGUUCGACGAGACCACGGCCGACGAUCGCAAGACGAAGACGGUGGUGACGCUGGAGGACUGCAAGCUGGUGCAGAAGCAGCGCUGGGACGACAAAAUCACCACGAUAGAGAGGGACGUGCAGGACGACAAGCUCGUGGCGAAAUGCAUAAUGGGUGAUGUUGUGGCUGUGAGGACAUAUGUGAAGGAAGCAUGAUUCAGGUUUGAGGACUCCUCUUCUGGUCAACUGGUGUUUACUGCUUGUUACAACAAAGCCUUCUCUACUGAACAAAAAAAAAUAAAGUCAAAUUGAAAAUGGA